AUCUCUUUAAAAUAGGUUGCCAAAUAGUGGUUUACUAAUUAAAAAUCAACAUGGGGUCUGGAUCAUCACAAGAAGCAGAUACACAACAUGGUGAACCAGAGACUCAUCAUAAUGCAAAAAACACAGUUAAAACUACAAACACACACUUGAACAACAGCUUACCUCAUGAUUGUGAUGCCAUUCUAAAGGAUGCGGAUACCGUCAUUGAUAAGUCCUCAAAYGACCAACUYUAUGCRGGUGUGUUCUUGAACAAAAAGAGAAWGAAGUAUUGGGUAGACAAGACAUCGUAUGGCAAUUGCUUCUUGGUGUUUGCACGGGACCUCUCGAUCACGUGGGCUGAAGACGAACGUUAUUGGCAUUGGCCCUGCGUUAAAGAAACAAGUGAAGUGUCUGUGGAUGUUGCAGAAAUGCUAAAUGUUUGCUGGUUGGAAGUCCAUGGGAAGUUUGACAUGGCCAAGCUAACACCAGGAAUGAAGUAUGAGGUUGUGUUUCUGGUGAUGUUAAAACAUCCGGCUUAUGGUUGGGAAGUUCCGAUCAAUAUCAGACUCGUUCUACCAGAUGGAAAUAAACAAGAACGCAAAGAAAGUUUGAUGGAAAAGCCAAGAUCAAACUGGUUUGAAAUCAUGGUGGGGGAAUUUAUGGUGGAAGCAAAGAAGGGAGGAUGUGUGGAAUUCUCGUUGUAUGAAUACGAAGGUGGGGCUUGGAAGAGAGGUCUACUUGUCAAAGGUGCAAGCAUUAGACCAAAAUAUUGAAAGUUGAGAAAAACCCGACUCCUAUUAAUAUGUAAGCUUUUAAAUUAGAGUUGUGUUUGAGAAUAAAACCACUUACCAAUGAUAUCGGUGCUUCGUAAUAAGCCCAUGGCUAUGAAAUCUUCUAUGUUGUUUUC